UUAGUAAUCAUUGUUCAGUGUUUGCCCGACCAUUGACAAUAUCAUUCAGUACAUUGAUAAAUAUAAAGUCAUUAAGUAAUUCAUAUUGGUAGUCGAUAAAGAUUGAUUAUUAUUAAUAUAUUAUCCACAAACCAUUUAUACAGUAUUUAUAAACACUUGAGGAUUGUGUCUUUAUAGUCUUCGGUUAUUUCAUUGCGUGUGGUAUUUACAAUACAGUAAAAAUGGCUGCACCAGUAACAAAAUUUAAAUUUUCGGAUAGAACCGAAAAAUCUCAAUUCUCUGGGAUCGAAUUUUACAAUUUAUAUAAGGAUGCCGAAUUUUUACAAAGCAGCGAAAACAUUCAUCGCAUUCUGCAACAAGGUUACGAAUUGAGAAAUUUACUAAGGAAAAAGGAGCCAGGCGAAUUGGUUGACCUUGGCAUGUGGCUGGCUCGCAAUUCUCCUCUGCUCGUAAAAAAAACGGGCAAAGGAGUUGAAUUGGGUGAUUUCGAAUUCACCCAAAAUCGUCUGAAAGGGCUGGUGGCUGCGUUCGUUUAUGAGAACCGUCAGAAAUUCCCUAACAUCAAAGCGGAGGAGGCCACUCAGCUGGGUUUAACUUGGGACAACGAAGACGCUGAAAAAUGUAAGUUUUACUUGUCUACCGUCGCAGGAGCGGAGCAUUUCGAGGAUCAGUUCUCGUAUUGGCCUCUAUUGUGCGCAUUAAGGAAAUUGGAGAUUAAGAAAGUAAACAACGAUACUGUUAUUAAAAUAGCGAAGAAAAAAAACACGAACGGAAACCGUAUGUCCGACAUUUUGGGCCAGAAUUACGAAGAGGUACAGCGUCUAUGGAAAUUUUUUCCAGACGCUCCCGACUUCAAAACGUCAAUCAAUCAGAUGGCAAUGCCAACCGAAUUGAUUGCUGUUUUUGUCAAAGUGUGAGCAGUUCUAUCCUAUUAUAAUAUGGAUGUGAUUUGCAAAAUAGCUUACAUGCAUUUUGCGUAAAUACAGCAAAUAAUGUGACCUACUCAUAUAAUCUAUAUGUACUUGUAUUAUUAAAGGUCAUAUUAAUAUAUUUUGCUGUAUAUUGUCUCCUAUUGUUAUUUAUUUUGAGACAAUUUUUAUUAUUCUCUUAUAUAUAAUCCUUGUCAUUACAAAUACUUGUAUUAAAUUCUUGUGUAAUAUUA